AUGGCCAUACUUCAGUAGCUAAUCAGCCUAAUGCUUUGCUUAUGAAAAAAUUUCCAUCAUUUUUUUUUCAUUUUGGAUUGAGAAAAUGAAUCCACAUUUAGAAGAAAGUAUGGGAUGUUGGAAAAAAGUACCUGCUAAACAGUGGAACAUCUAAUAACUAAUUUGCAAGAAGUUUUAAAGAAAUAGAAUUGUUAUGCUUCGAUUUUGGUAUGGUAUUGACUCUCUAGCACAUAGGUAGCCCUCCAAAAAAUCAUCCAGUUUUCUAAAUUAUGGAAAUUUUGUGGAAGACGUUGACCUGGAUUUUGAGCCUCUUCAUGGCUUCAUCGGAAUUUCGUAGUGACCAUAGGCUUUCAUACAGUUCACAAGAGGAAUUCCUGAAUUAUCUAGAACAUUACCAGCUAACUAUUCCAAUAAGGGUUGAUCAAAAUGGAGCUUUUCUCAGCUUUACUGUGAAAAAUGAUAAACACUCCAGAAGAAGACGGAGUAUGGACCCUAUCGAUCCACAGCAGGCAGUAUCUAAGUUAUUCUUUAAACUUUCAGCCUAUGGAAAGCACUUUCACCUAAACUUGACUCUCAACACAGAUUUUGUGUCCAAACACUUUACAGUAGAAUAUUGGGGGAAAGAUGGACCCCAGUGGAAACAUGAUUUUUUAGACAACUGCCAUUAUACAGGAUACUUGCAAGAUCAACAUAGUACAACUAAAGUGGCUUUAAGCAACUGUAUUGGUUUGCAUGGUGUUAUUGCUACAGAAGAUGAAGAAUACUUUAUUGAACCAUUAAAGAAUACCACAGAAGAUUCCAAACAUUUUAGUUAUGAAAGUGGUCAUCCUCAUGUUAUUUACAAAAAGUCUACCCUUCAGCAGCAGCAUCUGUAUGAUCACUCUCACUGUGGGGUUUCAGACCUCAUAAAAAGUGACAAGCCUUGGUGGCUGAAUGACACAUCUGCUUUUCCUUCUUCACUACCGAUUAAUGGCACACAUGUCCGCCACAGACUGAAGAGAUCAGUAAGCACUGAGCGCUUUGUGGAGACAUUAGUCGUGGCAGACAAAAUGAUGGUGGCCUACCACGGCCGCAAAGACAUUGAACAUUACAUUUUGAGUGUGAUGAAUAUUGUUGCCAAACUUUACCAUGAUUCCAGCCUAGGAAAUGUUGUGAAUAUUAUAGUGGCCCGCCUAAUUGUUCUCACAGAAGAUCAGCCAAACUUGGAGAUAAACCACCAUGCAGACAAGUCCCUCGAUAGCUUCUGUAAGUGGCAGAAAUCCAUUCUCUCCCACCAAAGUGAUGGAAACACCAUUCCAGAAAAUGGGAUUGCCCACCACGAUAAUGCGGUUCUUAUUACUAGGUAUGAUAUCUGCACUUAUAAAAAUAAGCCCUGUGGAACACUAGGCUUGGCCUCUGUGGCUGGAAUGUGUGAGCCUGAGAGGAGCUGCAGCAUUAAUGAAGACAUUGGCCUGGGUUCAGCUUUUACCAUUGCACAUGAGAUUGGUCACAAUUUUGGUAUGAACCAUGAUGGAAUUGGAAAUUCUUGUGGGACGAAAGACCAUGAAGCAGCAAAACUUAUGGCAGCUCACAUUACUGCAAACACCAACCCUUUCUCCUGGUCUGCCUGCAGCCGAGACUACAUCACCAGCUUUCUGGAUUCAGGCCGUGGUACUUGCCUUGAUAAUGAGCCUCCCAAGCGUGACUUUCUUUAUCCAGCUGAGGCCCCAGGUCAGGUGUAUGACGCUGAUGAGCAAUGUCGUUUCCAGUAUGGAGCAACAUCCCGCCAGUGUAAAUAUGGGGAAGUGUGUAGAGAGCUCUGGUGUCUCAGCAAAAGCAACCGCUGUGUCACCAACAGUAUUCCCGCGGCUGAAGGAACACUCUGUCAAACUGGGAAUAUUGAAAAGGGGUGGUGUUAUCAGGGAGAUUGUGUUCCUUUUGGCACUUGGCCCCAGAGCAUAGAUGGGGGCUGGGCUCCCUGGUCGCUAUGGGGAGAGUGCAGCAGGACCUGCGGGGGAGGCGUCUCCUCAUCCCUAAGACACUGUGACAGUCCAGCACCUUCAGGAGGUGGAAAAUAUUGCCUUGGGAAAAGGAAACGGUAUCGCUCCUGUAACACAGAUCCAUGUCCUUUGGGGGCCCAAGAUUUUCGAGAGAAACAGUGUGCAGACUUUGACAAUAUGCCUUUCCGUGGAAAAUAUUAUAACUGGAAACCCUAUACUGGAGGUGGGGUAAAACUUUGUGCAUUAAAUUGCCUGGCUGAAGGUUUCAAUUUCUACACUGAACGUGCUCCUGCAGUGAUUGAUGGAACUCAGUGCAAUGCGGAUUCACUGGACAUCUGUAUCAAUGGAGAAUGCAAGCAUGUAGGUUGUAAUAAUAUUUUGGGAUCCGAUGCUAAGGAAGAUAGAUGUCGAGUCUGUGGAGGGGAUGGAAGCACAUGUGAUGCGAUUGAAGGGUUCUUCAACGAUUCGUUUCCCAGAGGAGGCUACAUGGAAGUGGUGCAGAUACCAAGAGGCUCUGUUCAUAUUGAAAUCAGAGAAGUUGCCAUGUCAAAGAACUAUAUUGCCUUAAAAUCUGAAAAGGAUGAUUACUAUAUUAAUGGUGCCUGGACUAUUGACUGGCCUAGGAAGUUUGAUGUUGCGGGGACAGCUUUUCACUACAAGAGACCAACUGAUGGACCAGAGUCCUUGGAAGCUCUAGGUCCCACCUCAGAAAAUCUCUUUGUCAUGGUUCUGCUUCAGGAACAGAAUUUGGGAAUUAGGUAUAAAUUCAACGUUCCCAUCACUCGGACUGGCAGUGGAGACAGCGAAGUUGGCUUUACAUGGAAUCAUCAGCCUUGGUCAGAAUGUUCAGCUACUUGUGCUGGAGGUGUCCAAAGACAGGAGGUGGUCUGUAAAAGGUUGGAUGACAACUCCACUGUCCAGAACAAUUACUGUGACCCUGACAGUAAGCCACCUGAAAAUCAAAGAGCCUGCAAUACUGAGUCCUGCCCACCUGAGUGGUUCAUUGGGGACUGGCUGAAGUGCAGCAAGACAUGUGAUGGUGGAAUGCGCACAAGGGCCGUGCUCUGCAUCAGGAAGAUCGGUCCUUCAGAGGAGGAGACGCUGGACUCCAGUGGUUGUUUGACACACCGGCCUGUUGAAAAAGAGCCCUGCAACAACCAGUCAUGCCCCCCUCAGUGGGUGGCUUUGGACUGGUCAGAAUGCACUGCUAAAUGUGGUCUAGGAUUCAAGCACCGGAUUGUUCUGUGCAAGAGCAGUGACCUCUCUAAAACAUUCCCAGCUACACAAUGUCCGGAGAAGAGCAAACCCCCUGUCCGUAUGCGCUGCAGUCUGGGCCACUGCCCUCCCUCUCGCUGGGUGACAGGAGACUGGGGCCAGUGUUCUGCUCAAUGUGGCUUUGGACGGCAAAUGCGGACUGUGCAGUGUAUCUCCUACACUGGACAGGCAGCUAGUGACUGUCCAGAAACUGUUCGGCCUCCAUCAAUGCAGCAUUGUGAAAGCAAAUGUGACAGUACCCCCAUUUCCAAUACUGAAGAGUGCAAAGAUGUGAGCAAAGUGGCUUAUUGCCCACUUGUGCUGAAGUUCGAUUUCUGCAGUCGAGCAUACUUCAGGCAGAUAUGCUGUUACACCUGCCAAGGACACUGAGCCACAGCCAAUCAGAGAGCGAGCCUCGUCGCUUUGUCGUGGAAAUGCGUCCAUCAAAGGGAGCCGCCGUGAGGAAGAGGAUUGAUGUCCUUGCAGAUGCAUUACCCUGUGGAAAACGUAACCACUGGUCAGCCCCAGCUGACAGGAUUUCAAUAUUAUUUUAACUUCUGUGAAGUGCGAUUUAUUGAUCCAAAGUGCUGGACACGGUGUUAGGAGGGAAUGCCAGAUUGGAGAGAUCCAGACAAGACAGGGAGACUUGCUUACUGUGGAGCGUUUGUGUUCUUUUGAGUAAAUCCAAUAGCCUAUUUACCUCUUUGGACCAUUAAGAUAAUUAUUAUGGACUUAGCAAUGACACUGAAUCCAUUUGUAUUUAAAACUGUUUAAAAUGUAGAUGUUAUGACUUGGUCAACCAUGGAAGUAAAGAAGAUUCAGAAAUCUUAAGUCAUAGCUUACAAACAUUUACUAUACUUUAUCUCACUGCAACAGCACCACAAUUUAAAUUCUAAAAUGGGCUUUGACCUGUAAUUUAAGGAGCAAUUAUAAAUCAAAAGUAAUGAGAGUUUGUAUCAUUUUUCUUCAUUCCAGUUAAUUUCCUUAGGAAUAAUCCCCCUGUUCUGAACACUGCUGUGGGCCACAUAUAAACUAUAUUAAACUGAACAACAACGAAGGGCUUAGUUCCAAGCAGUGCCUCAGUUACUGCAGCUGUGCAAGUCUAUAAAUUCAGUGCUAAAAGACUAUGGCCAGCCUGCCCUUGUGCAAGUGAAGCUGAGAUUUCCAUUAAAACUUUAAGAGAAAACACUUCAAUUUCAUGCAGCAGCCAGACCUGGGGUAUGGUAGAGCCUGAAGUAUCAGGCCCUUUGCUGCCAUCAUAUAGGAUGCCUCAAUUCUUAUUUGAGUCACCACAACUCACUUGUGUUUACAUCCUCACCAGCCACAGAACAGCUUCUGCCCCAUUGGUUUGGUGCACGCUUGUUGAGCUUACUGAGAUGAUACCAUGCAAAGAUAGACUGGCUCAGUAUCAACCAGGCAGACCCUUUUGCUGACAGUUACGAUGGGUUCCAGAUGGCCCUUCUUUGAUACGGCAGAAGGGCAUUUAUUUAUAUGAGAGCAAGUGUGUGUAUGUGUGCAGGCGCUGUUGAGUGUGUGGGUAGAUGUGUGUGCUUGUACAGAAAUGUGCUACUUCUGUGAGUUUUAAAGUAGGCAAGGGAAAAACCAAAGAAGAAAAGCUCGUGAAGACUAGAGAUCAUAAAGCAUACUUUUAAUAGUCACUCAACCAAGUAUUUUGUAUUUUUUAUGGAUACUCUGAAUGGCAAUUAAAUGUGAAACCCAGUUUCUUGGGCAAGUCAAAAUCUAGAAUCAAAUUCACCUAAACUGAAUUGACUAGUUCAUUUUCCCUAUCCCCAUGUUUUACAUCAUGCUUAUCAAAAGAUUCAACAGUGAGAUUAGUAGAAAGAAAAAAAAAGAGAGGGUACUUGUUUAUAUUAGUAUUUUGUACUUGAACACUUGUAUCUUGCAGUGGGGACCUGAUGAAUGUGCUUUGUGCCCACACAUGUGUGCCCCAUGCUAUGCCAAACUGCAGACUCAAACCAAAUGGGUACUUUGUAAGGAUACUACUUGCAGUUGAGGAAUAUGUGACUUAAAUCCAUUGCUAUGCUCUGAAACUACAUGUCAGGUAUAUCACAUAUACCAUGGCCUAACGUGCAUGAUUAGGAUUCUUCAGAAAGGAAAAGGCACUCACAGAUUUACAAAACCAACCUAGACUUCAGGUUUGCUAUGGACAGCUGGCACAGGAUCUUCUGCGCACUCUGCCCUGGUCAUCUGUAUCUCCUCACUUGCUUUUUCUCUCAACACCACAGCUCCCAUCCCUGAGCUUUCCAGAGAGGGCUGUUGACAAUACCCGUGAGUUGCCAGGUCUCCUAUCUCUGCUGCCCUCAGACCAGCCCAAGUGGUAUCUUAGCCAUCCAGGGAGGGGAAGGUAGCCCGUGAACAGCAUGGCCCCAGCACUGAACACUCCCUUGGUGCCUUGCAAAGAGCAGUUAACUGGUGCCGAUGUGCCCUGGUGAAAUAAAUGAAAGAUGGUUUCCAUAGCAUUUUAGAUACAGGUUUGCUAAAUACAGGUUUGCUAUCAGGAUCUACUUCUCCAGUAUAAAUAUCAGAUCAUGUUUGUAUUUCAGACAGAUUUCUCACAUUACUGACUAAAAUCUGUUUUUCACCUCACCUGGAAACUAGCAUUGUGAAGGCUGUCCCCCCCAGGCCUCAUGCAGCACCCCCGUUGGUACUAGUGGUCCCUCUGGAGUGCACACCAGCACUGAGACCAGAAGGCAGAGAGUCCCCAGGGGCCACAUCUGGAUUACCUUUCUAGAAGGAAUCAAACACAGACUGCAACAGGACUAAACAUUUUCAAUAGGCCCUGAAUUUAAAACUGAGUGGGAAAAAAAUCAUAUUCUACAGCACAUCACAUAGCCACUGCUACUCUGUAGUCAACAUGUGGCUACAUGAUACUUUAUUUCUAAAGAAUAACAAAACAAUCAUCAGUGGAGGCUGAGCCUCCAAAAGUAGUGAGCUCUAACUUCUAUAGCUUUUCUUCUUCCUUCCUAAUUACAACCCUUUAGCAGAAUUAGUGCCUCAUAUCGAAAAUUACCGAGUUUCAUAAUU